AUGGACAGCUACAUCUCCGUUCUGCCGUCCGAACAAGUCCGGCGUUGUUGCACAGUCUUCAACGUGAUCAUAUGCAUAAUCAACGUUCAGCUGUAUCUCCUCUCAACCGCCAUCAUCAUUAAUUGCUCGGGACGAACAGUGGGUGCCUACAAGUGGUAGGUUCAUUAUGGCACUCUAAUUGAAUCUGUUUUUGUUGUUACGUAUGUACAUAUACAUAUUAUAAUGUUUUUCCUACAAGGAUAAUGCUGUAGGUAUACAAUAUGGAGUUUCACCAAUUCAAAUCUCAUCAUAUUAUUUUGUACCUGCCUUGAGCCCGAACUCCUGAUUAAUUACUCGCCUAAUGUUGCACGUGGAUUGGCCGAAUACCUGGAGGUUUGUAUGCGCCUCCAACGGGCAUAGAUAUUAGGUUUAGCGGGACUAAGAAGAUUUGAGAAGCGACCUACUCUUAACCAGACCGCUGAUCGGGCCGGGUAUUUGCACCUGAGGGUCCGAAGCCUGGUCUGAUGAAAAGUAGGGCCGAUCCGGCACGCCUGCAAAGUUCCCCAAGCCCGCUUACAAUUUCUGCUUUAAUCGGGCCAUGCCUGAUCCGGCCAAAUCAUCAUAACCCAACGACCCGGCAAAGCCUUACAAUUAGUUAUCGGAAGCUGGACUAAGAAAGCCGGCUUUGGGAAUCAGGAGGCACGUCUGGCUCGGAAUCCCGUUAUAACGUGAAAAUAGGGCCUCUUCUAAAGGCCCUAUUUAGAAUUUACCGCUUGAAGCGCUGCGUAGGCCGAAGGGUUUCCUAGACCAAGAGGCUUUUUGGAGUCAAUCCUAAACUAAACACAUGAUCUUCCCUCGUCAAAAAGCUUUUUUCAGAUGCCUCAUCUCGCAAUGCUGCUUCAGGUGUGCGCUUAUGUCUUCUUCGAGAUAAAUGUUCUUGUAAUGCCCUGCCGUUUUAUUUUCCGAUACGCCCAAAACACCGAUCAACAUCAUAUUGUGCGCUUCAUGUCCAAGAAAGAAUGGCUCUGUGUUCCGCCGGCCUUGAUGAUAAUCUUUAUGAUAAAAGGAUUGUACAUCAACCGUACAGCCAUCGAGGAUGGCGAUCAAUUUAAAAAGGAGUUUGCUAGCAACGACACGGCCCUCGCAGAUUAUGUAAAGAGCCACGUGGUUAUGUACGUGAAGGUGGGUUGCUAGUAUGUGUCUGGAAUUGUAGGCUGUAUUUUUGCUUGACAAUGGAGUUGUCUCAAGUGCCACGCUCGUUGUUAAAAAAUUGUAUGAAUUGUGUUCACAGGUUUGGCAUAGGCCGCAGUUUUUUUUUUAAUUUUAGGUCGCACUUUGCAGUGAAAACAAUAUGCUCAGAAAUAUUGGCGUUGAGUCUGUUCGGAAAAAGCGGAGAACUUACAGAGAGAAAUACGUUUUUUAACCGAGUUUUGUGCGGAAAGAAUUAGUUUUUGUGCCCUAUGCGAUAGAAAUGGCUAUGAAACUGUUAAGCCAAAACUCGUCAAAAAGCAUCGCAUUUUCUCCAACGUGUGACCUAAAAGUUGGAUCUUUGCUGCAAACCGCAAACUAAGACUGUCAAAUUCAUCGUAAUUAAAAUUUGAAUCCACUUUCUUCGUCAGUUGCAUCAAAACCCAAGCCUCUAACUUAGCGCACUUCCUUGUGAGUCAGUCUGUCGGGAAAAUAAUGAGCACAAUGUCGCUGCGCCAAUCGCGUCGCUGAACUAAGAAGCAAUUUGAUUUUGCCCUAACACAAUUCAUUUCUUCAGCGGCGAUGCGAUUUUCGAUGUCACAGAGCCUUCGUUAUUUCCCCGACAGGCUGAAACGAAGACUCCAUUUUUCAGGCGUACAAAACGGACGUCUUCUACCAGAACGUAGUCUUCCCUUCAACGCUGAUUAUCGCGUUUAUUUGCACCCUCAAAUGCUACACCUUCCAAGCCUCCCAUCGUGCUUCCUUCUCCACACGCACCUCCAAACUCUACAGCCGUCUGAUAUUGGGGCUGGCCCUGGAGCAGAUCAUUCUCAUAUUUUACAUCUUCAUACCCAUAAUUUCCGUCAAAUGCUUACUGCCCAAAUCUCAACGACAUAUCGGGAUGUUCAUUGUGGAACGGAUUCUUUUCGCAUAUCCCUCGGUGAUAACGUUGUUCACCCUUCUGUUUUACCGGCAAUAUAGAGUGGCGUUGAAGAAUUUCUUGUUCAAUCUGAGAACGCAGGUGUCGCCACUGGUUAGCGCAACGUUUCAGUCGCAGGCUUUGAUGUCCAAAUCGGGCGAAUUAUCUCGAUCAACGUCUUGAUUGUUCUGUAUAUGUCGUUAGGGUUGUUGAAUAAAAAUGAAAACUAAAUAAAAAAUGAUGGAAUUUCGAUUUUUUUUCCUGGAGAGCGGUCGGUUUUUCCUGUCUACCCAUGCCGCUGCGGGCGCAAAGGGCUUCGCCUGGGAGAGUUGCUGUUCAUCCUAAUGGAUUUCAAGUUCCUACUGUCAAUGUUAGAUAAAUCCAAAACGAGGGAAAAUUGGAGCAAUUCAAGAAGAGAUCAGCAUGGUGUAUAGGGGGUUCGACAUCCCCCUAUACACGACCGUUUGGAUGAGAUGGAUCGACGAUGCUGCCAAGAAUCAUGGCCUCCGAUGGAGCGAUCUUACCCUGGCCGGACAAUGGAAACCACGAUGA